GGAGGAGGAGGAGGAGGCGGGCAAAGGCGGCGGGGAGUUUUCUUUACGCGGCGUAUGUAUAGAAGGGGGAGGGACCCCGGCGCGCUGCCCUGAGCCUCCCCCCCCCACCCGUCACUGUUUUGGUUUUUUUAAGCCAACUCCUUCCAAAGUCUCCUUUUUUCCAACCCCUUCCCCGAGAAGCAAUUUCCUGAACUCCCCAGAAUAGACAUGAGCUGUCUGGAAAAGCGCUGCCGGCUCCCCAUGCAGACGCCGCCGCCUCAGAGAGCUUCUGGGGGGCUUUCCAGCCCGGCUUAGACGGCAGGACGCUCUCCAAAGGAAACAAGGAGUUUUCUUUCGUGAAAGCGGAGAAACGGGCUCGAUCCUCUCCGGGAUCCGGAUCGCCCAGCAACUCUGGAAAGUUCUCCGCAGCUAUUUGUUUUGAGAUCCCCCGCUCCUCAGCGCGGCUGCUCUUGCUUGGCACUUUGGGAGAGCCCCAGCAAAAGAUCUGUAUAUCUACCGGUAUAUUUAUACAUCUAUACAUGUACUCGGAAGUAAGUUCCGUUUUUAAGCGGGCUGGCGCCCGGGUAAAACGUACCUAGGACGGCGGCUUUCCAUUGGAUUCUCUACCCACCUGCGAGGAAGUCCGACCGAGGAAGCCAGAAACUCGUGCAACGCCACAGCGGACUUUUGCGCGCAAGCUCGCGCAACCCAUCUUCUCUCUCUCUCUCACCUCCCUCUUUGUUUUUGUUUGGCGGGGUGGAGGUACGUUUGCCUAGGAUCCGACACACACUUUUGGACGCCGUGCUCCCCCUUCCCCACCCCUCCUUUUCGACGGACUCCUCAAAAUUCCCUCCCUCUUCGUGCGUAACCCCCUAACCCAAAGAGGAUGGUUUGGAGACGCCUGGGCGCUCUGCUGCUCUUCCCGGUGCGGAUGCUUUGCUUGGUAGCCAAGGCGGCGGCGUCCACGGUGCUCCCCAGCAAACUCCGCGACUUGGCCGGGGACAGCGUGCUCAUCACCGGAGGAGGGCGAGGCAUCGGGCGCUACUUGGCCAAGGAGUUCGCCAGACGCGGCGCCCGCAAGAUUAUCCUGUGGGGUCGGACGGAGAAGUGCCUAAAAGAAACCACGGAAGAGAUCCGGGCGAUGGGAACAGAGUGCCAUUACUUCAUCUGUGACGUGGGCAACCGCGAAGAGGUUUACCGACAGGCCAAAGCCGUCCGUGAAAAGGUCGGGGAUAUCACCAUCCUAGUGAACAACGCAGCCGUUGUUCACGGGAAGAGCUUGAUGGAGAGCGACGAUGACGCGCUGCUGAAAUCACAGCACAUCAACACGCUGGGACAGUUCUGGACCACAAAGGCCUUCUUGCCGCGGAUGCUGGAACUGCAGAAAGGGCACAUUGUUUGCCUCAAUUCUAUCCUGGCCUUGUCUGCCAUCCCUGGGGCUAUAGACUAUUGCACUUCCAAAGCCUCCUCUUUUGCCUUCAUGGAGAGCUUGACGCUGGGUCUCUUGGACUGUCCUGGAGUAAACGCAACCACUGUCCUGCCAUUCCACACCAGCACAGAGAUGUUUCAAGGCAUGCGGAUCAGAUUCCCCAACCUCUUCCCUCCACUAAAGCCAGAGACGGUGGCUCGGAGGACAGUAGAAGCUGUUCAGCAGAACCAAGCUUUCCUCCUCCUGCCAUGGACAAUGCACAUCCUGGUCAUCUUGAAAAGCAUCCUCCCGCAAGCGGCGCUCGAAGAAAUCCACAAGUUCUCCGGGAGCUACACCUGCAUGAACACUUUCAAAGGGCGCACGUAGGCUCUGCGUCUCGCUCACGCACCAAGCAGGCCGAGAGCCCGACGAGGGCAUCGGUGGGGCCUCCCGAGGCCACGCGCUUGCUCUCCCUUGCCGCGGCGACAGCGUCGAGAGCCGUAGCGAAAAGGGGUGGAAGAGGAACUCACAGGGGCAAGGAAGGAGGACAAGCAACGGCAGCCAUUUGCAACGUAGAUUUUAAGAGGAGUUUCAAAGCCUAGGGGUUUGCCGAACCUCCCGUGCCGAGUACAUUCCACUUUGCCUGCUAAUCAGGAAUUGCAAAUUAAUUUAGAGGGGGUUUCCUCCCCAAUUAUUUGUGUGUGUGUGUGUGUUGGGGAAGGGGUGUUCUCAUUUUGUAAAGCUUGUAAGAUUUCACUACCCUUGGGUGACUGCUAAGACUAGUGGUUAGGAAGAAGUAACAGAAAAAUGGAUACCACUUUUUUUUUUUAGCCAAGGAAACAGCAAGGACCUC